GCUUCUGUGUAUGUAGGUCCGGCCAGGGUAGAGCCCGCCCGACACUUCCCUGGCUGCGAUUGGCGGCCUGGGGUGUCUGUUAGGAGCGGCGGGAGGGGGUCAGUGUGUGAGCUGCGCUUCCGGUCGCGAGGAAAAGUCGGUGCGAUUGAGCAGUAGCAGCAGCACGGGGACAGAUCGCAGAGUGAGCCCCUGAGCCCGGACACACAGCGGCCACGCAGCCCCCUUCCCAGCCCAGCUCCAGGAUCCAGGCCGCGCCUCUCAGGAGGGCUCCAAGGAAGCAUCAUUGAUUCAGAAACCAUGAGGCGUGUGGUGCGACAAAGCAAGUUCCGGCAUGUCUUCGGACAAGCUGUGAAGAAUGAUCAGUGCUAUGAUGACAUCAGGGUUUCCCGUGUUACUUGGGACAGUUCGUUCUGCGCGGUUAACACCAACUUUGUUGCCAUAAUAAUUGAAGCCAGCGGCGGGGGAGCCUUCCUGGUGCUGCCAUUACAGAAGACUGGAAGGAUUGAUAAGUCCUACCCUACCGUGUGUGGUCACACAGGACCAGUGCUGGACAUUGACUGGUGUCCACAUAAUGACAAUGUUAUUGCCAGCGGCUCUGAGGACUGCACUGUCAUGGUAUGGCAGAUUCCUGAGAAUGGCCUAACCCUGCCACUCACAGAACCUGUGGUUGUGUUGGAGGGACAUUCAAAGAGGGUAGGCAUUGUGACAUGGCAUCCGACAGCCCGGAACGUUCUGCUCAGUGCAGGGUGUGAUAAUGUUGUCAUAAUCUGGAAUGUGGGCACAGGCGAGGCCCUUAUCAACCUAGAGGACAUGCACAAUGAUAUGGUAUACAGUGCCAGCUGGAAUCGUAAUGGCAGCCUUAUCUGUACUACCUCCAAAGACAAGAAGCUGCGUGUAAUUGACCCACGCAAGAUGGAAUUAGUAGCGGAGAAGGAUAAAGCUCAUGAAGGUGCCCGACCAAUGAGAGCAAUUUUUUUGUCUGAUGGCAGCAUCUUUACAACAGGGUUCAGUCGUAUGAGUGAGCGCCAGUUAGCUCUGUGGAACCCGAAAAGUAUGGAUGAGCCUAUAGCACUACAUGAAAUGGAUACUAGCAAUGGAGUAUUGCUACCUUUUUAUGACCCGGACACGAAUAUCAUUUACUUAUGUGGGAAGGGUGACAGCAGUAUUCGGUAUUUUGAGAUCACAGAAGAGUCCCCUUAUGUGCACUACCUCAGUACAUUCAGCAGCAAGGAACCACAGCGAGGGAUGGGUUACAUGCCAAAGCGAGGGCUGGAUGUCAACAAGUGUGAGAUUGCCAGGUUCUACAAACUGCACGAGAGGAAAUGUGAGCCAAUUAUCAUGACUGUGCCCAGAAAGUCUGAUCUCUUUCAAGAUGACCUGUAUCCAGAUACUGCUGGCCCAGAUGCUCCUAUUGAAGCUGAAGACUGGUUUGAUGGUAAAAAUGCAGACCCUAUUUUGAUAUCAUUGAAGCAUGGGUACAUGCCCAGUAAGAACCGUGACCUUAAUGUGGUGAAGAAGAAUAUUUUGGGAAGUAAACCAGCUGCACUAAAGAAGUCUGAUCAAGCCAGCACCCCCAAAAAGCCAUCCGAAGCUUCAAAUCCUGCCAGUGACUGCAAGCUGGACGAGGUGAUGAAGGAACUGCGUUCAAUGAAAGACCUCAUCCGAACCCAGGGUGACAGAAUCUCCAAACUAGAAGAACUACUCGCCAAUCUCACCAACAAUGAUGAGUCUGAAGACUGAGCAAAGCAAAUUCGUAUCCAAGCUGGAGGUGCCCACUGCCAGAUCACAUUCCACCCCUCACUAUCCUCCGGGCCCGAGCAUUGAUCAGCAUUCCAGCACAGACUGUAACCACCAUUCCCAAUUAAACACAGAGACAUUCCACCUACCCCUUCCACCUGGUGCCUCCAUUCAAGACCCUUUUGUAUCAUUUUGGGAGUUUAGUUAGCUGCCAGUAACUUUAACUUCUGAAGUGUGACAUGUUGAUACCUAACCCCUUCAUGUGGACCUCAAUCCAAAGGGAGACAGGAUUUAAAUGAAGCCUAUGGUUAAAAGACAGACUUCUUAAUUAAAAAGCCAAGAAUUUUACCCUCACCUUUCAAGUGUUACAUGACAAUAUUUUUCUGUUUCCAAGAUCAGUAUAACUUUUUAUUUUUUAUUUUAAAUUUCUGAUUCUGAUCUCAUUUCUCUGGGUGCAGAGGGAGGGGGAUAUAUGGAUGGACCAAUGCCACUCUUAUAUUUUUAUUUUUUAUUAUGUUUAAUUUUUUUCUAUUUUAUUUUUUGCCAAAAAGACCUUGUUAAAAUAUUGGGACCAUGCAUCGUAUAGUAUUUUUUAUUUUUAAUGUAACGGAGGAAGCACUGUGUUACUGUCUGGAAUCGCAAGAAAUUACCCAUAAAAGCUUCAUGAAUUUUAUAUAAAUCUUUUUUGCUAUUG